GAUGGCAGGGAAGAGGGGGACUCCCUCCGCUUGGUGGAUACAAGGAGGCUACUAGGAGGAGGAGGAGGAGGAGGAGAGGCAGAUGUCGGGAGCCUUGGGGAGCGGAGUGGGAAGAGGAUCGGCGGCAGGAAGGGGAGCAUCCCAGGAAAGGCGGCGGGGCCGGAGGAGGAGGAGGAGAGCAGCAGCAGCAGCAGCCGCAGCCGCCGGCCCUCUCUUCUGUUGCCUGGGAGCAAGUUUUCCCCUUUGCUAAAGAGGCGCCGAUUUUGGAACUUUCGCAGGAGGACGCUUCUUCUUCUUCUUAAAUGAUAAUAUAGUUUUAUUUUUUACUCCGCCUCUCUCUCCAGGAGACAAUUCCCAUCCUUUUUAUUUGCUCCCCCUCCCAAUCCCCCCAAUGUCCCCGGCCAGAAGUUGAAGGGAUCGCGACCCUCGCUGCCUUUGGACUAAUCAAGGGCUGGAAGAGCCGGGCUCUGGGCAGGCGAGAUGCCUCCUCCUCGGUGGCUGGUGCUGCUGCCGGCGCUCUGCCUGGCUCUCUCCCGCCCGGGGGCCUCGGGGCUGACGCUCAAGUACCGCAUCUACGAGGAGCAGCGGGUGGGCUCGGUCAUCGCCCGGCUCUCGGAGGACGUGGCCGAGCUGCUCUCCCGCCUGCCCCAGCCCUCCUCCUCGCCCGCCUCCUCGGUCCGCUUCCGCGCCAUGCCCCGCGGGAGCCAGCCUCCGCUGCUGCUGGUGCGCGAGGACAACGGCGAGAUCAGCGUCGGGGCCCCCAUCGACCGGGAGCAGCUCUGCCCGCGCAACAACGCCAACUGCUCGCUGGAGUUCGACGUGAUCACGCUGCCCACCGAGCACCUGCAGCUCUUCCACGUCCAGGUGGAGGUGCUGGACAUCAACGACCACGCGCCCCACUUCGCCCGCGCCCUCAUCCCGCUGGAGAUCUCAGAGAGCGCCGCCGUGGGCACACGCAUCCCCCUCGACGCUGCCUCCGACCCAGACGUGGGCGACAACGCCCUGCACUCCUACGCGCUCUCUGACAAUGACGCUUUCGCCCUCGAGGUCCGCACCCGCACCGACGGCGCCAAGUACGCCGAGCUGAUCGUGGCCCAGGAGCUCGACCGGGAGCGGAAGGCCAGCUACGAGCUCCGGCUCACCGCCUCGGACAACGGCCUCCCGCCCAAAAGCGGCUCCUCCCUGCUCCAGAUCCGCAUCUCCGACUCCAACGACAACAGCCCCGCCUUCGAGCAACAGACCUAUCUCAUCCAGCUCCCAGAAAACUCCCGCGUGGGGACCGUGCUCCUGGACCUCAACGCCACCGACCCGGACGAAGGUGACAACGGGAAGGUGGUCUACUCCUUCAGCAGCCACGUCUCGGCCAAGAUCCUGGAGACCUUCCGGAUGGACCCCGAGCGGGGGCGCCUCAGCCUCUCCAAACCCGUCGACUAUGAGGCCGUCAAGUCCUAUGAGAUCGAUGCUCAGGCCCAGGACCUGGGGCCCAACUCCAUCCCAGCCCACUGCAAGAUCGUCGUCAAGGUGGUGGACGUCAAUGACAACAAGCCCGAGAUCAACCUCAACCUGAUGUCGCCCGGGAAGGAAGAGGUGGCCUACAUCUCUGAGAAGGCCUCCACAGAGACCUUCGUGGCCCUGGUCCGGGUGCAGGACAAAGACUCAGGACCCAACGGCGAGGUGGCCUGCAAGCUUCACGGCCAUGGCCACUUCAAGCUCCAAAAGACCUACGAGAACAACUACUUCGUCCUCACCAACACCACCUUGGACCGGGAGAAGAGAUCCGAGUACAGCCUGACCGUCGUCGCUGAAGACAAGGGGACGCCGAGCCUCUCCACGGUGAAGCACUUCACGGUGCAGAUUGUGGAUGAAAACGACAACCCACCCCAGUUCCAGACCAGCCGGUACGAAAUUGUGAUCUUGGAAAACAACUCCCCGGGUGCAUACAUCACCUCCGUCACUGCGACAGACCCAGAUCUAGGGGAUAAUGGGCAAGUGACCUACACUAUCCUGGAGAGUUUUAUUUUGGGUAGCUCCAUCACUACCUAUGUGACAAUUGACCCUUCCAAUGGAGCCAUCUAUGCCUUGAGAACCUUUGACCAUGAAGAAGUAAACCAGAUUGCCUUUGUGGUCCAAGCUAGAGAUGGAGGGAAUCCACAGCUUGCCAGCAAUACGACGGUUGUGUUGACUAUCAUUGAUGAAAAUGACAAUGCCCCUGUGAUUGUGGGUCCAGUACUGCACAACAACACUGCAGAAAUCUCAAUCCCCAAAGAACCUGAAAAUAACUACCGCAUCACUAGGAUCAGAGCCAUAGAUAGAGACUCAGGUAUGAACUCAGAGCUGAGCUGUUCACUAGCAAGCAGUAGUGAAGCCAACCUCUUCAUAAUGGACCCACAGACAUGUGACAUUUAUCUCAAUGGUAGCAUUGAAUCUGCCAAGUCAACGGAAUGGGAACUUUCAGUGGUGGUUCAGGACAAAGGAAGUCCUCAGCUCAGUACCAAAGCACUCCUGAAAUGUAGUGUUGUUAAAUAUGUUUAUCUGCCUUCAGCUACAGAAGCCACCUACAAUAACCAACCUUCUCUAGACGUUUCUAUGAUUACAAUCAUAUCCUUAGGAGCAAUAUGUGCAGUUUUGCUAGUUAUCAUGGUUGUUUUUGCUACAAGGUGCAAUCGUGAGAAAAAGGAUACCAGGUCCUAUAAUUGUCGUGUUGCAGAGUCCACAUAUCAGCAUCAUCCCAAAAGGCCAUCAAGACAGAUUCAUAAGGGGGACAUUACCCUAGUGCCUACUGUAAAUGGUACUUUGCCAAUCAGGUCCCACCACAAAGCUUCACCUUCAUCCUCUCCAACCCUAGAAAGAGGGCAAAUGAGCAGCCGCCAAAGCCAUCACAGCCACCAGUCUCUCAAUAGCUUGGUGACCAUUUCAUCAAAUCACAUGCCAGAGAAUUUCUCUCUUGAGCUCACUCAUGCCACUCCUGCUGUUGAGGUUUCUCAGCUUCUCUCAAUGCUUCAUCAGGGCCAGUAUCAGCCAAGGCCAAGUUUCCGAGGAAACAAAUAUUCUAGAAGUUACAGGUAUGCCCUUCAAGAUAUGGAUAAAUUCAGCUUGAAAGACAGUGGCCGUGGUGACAGUGAAGCAGGAGACAGUGAUUAUGAUUUGGGGAGAGAUUCUCCAAUUGACAGACUUCUUGGAGAAGGAUUCAGUGACCUUUUCCUUACAGAUGGGAGAAUUCCUGCAGCAAUGAGGUUAUGUACAGAGGAAUGCAGAGUCCUGGGGCAUUCUGACCAGUGCUGGAUGCCUCCUCUACCUUCCCCAUCUUCUGAUUAUAGAAGUAAUAUGUUUAUUCCUGGAGAAGAAUUUCAGCCACAGCAAAGCCAGCCACAACAGCAGCAGGUGUUGGAAGAGGAGUCUCAAGCUGUUGAAUCAUCUGAAAAGAAAAAGAGUUUUUCAACUUUUGGCAAAGAUAAUCAGAAUGAGGAAGAAGCUGGUGACAUGUGUACCUCAUCUCUAUUGUCUGAAAUGAACAGUGUUUUCCAACGUCUGUUGCCUCCUUCAUUAGAUGCCUACACAGAAUGCAAUGAAAUGGAUCCCUCCAGCUCACUAGAGCGUAGGAAAGGACACUUGCCUGCCAAGACUGUAAGCUAUCCACAAGGGGUGGCAGCAUGGGCAGCCAGUACACACUUCCAAAACCCUGUGAACAGCACUGGGCUUCCUUUGGGUACUCAUUCAGGUGCUCAACCAACUUCAAAAUGGCUGCCUGCCAUGGAGGAAAUCCCAGAGAAUUAUGAAGAAGAUGACUUUGACAAUGUCCUUAACCACCUCAGUGAUGGUAAACAUGAACUAAUGGAUGCUAGUGAGCUGGUGGCAGAAAUUAACAAGCUGCUACAAGAUGUCCGACAGAACUAAAGAGUUUUGUUUCAUAGUGUGUUAAUUUUCCAUAUUUAUGGAAAACUGAGGAUGGGAACCCAAAAUGAAAAAGAACUGGCAUUGCCAAUUAGUUACAUUUAUCAUAAAUGUGUCUGUGUAUGUUGAAUAUUAAAAUACUGUAUUUUCAUAUGUACACAAUGCAAGUGUGAUUAUCUUUAACUGUAUUUUAAAAAUACAUUUGUAUCUUAUAUUUAUGUGUAAUUUAACAAAUAAAUUUUAUUUUUGUA